CGGAUUGUCAUUGAAUGGCUUGAUUUUGAUUGUCUAGUCUUUUCUCUGUUUUAUGAGGUUAAAUUGUGUUGAUUAAACCAUUAGAUAAUGUCGGCCGCAUCAGAUGAAUUAGUUCUACUAGAGAGAGUCUUCUUAAGGAUCGGUUCAGCGGAUACUGAUGAACAGCUUGAGCAACUCCUGAACAAGUUUUUACCUCCAGUUUUGUUGAAGCUCUCAAGUACCCAGGAGGAUGUUAGAAAAAAGGUAAUGGAGUUGCUAACACAUAUCAACAAAAGGGUGAAAACCCGUCCUCAGAUUCAACUUCCUGUGGAGGCUCUGCUGGUGCAGUAUCAGGACCCGUCUGCCAGUGUCUUUUUGACUAAUUUUACAAUUAUCUACAUAAAGAUGGGAUUUCCUAGAUUACCAAGUCUAAAGCAAGCUGAGCUCAUUACUUCUGUCCUGAACUCAUUGCACAAUAAACCUCAAGCUCAUCAAGAAAGUUUAUUACUGUUGGUGGUCGCAGCUCUUCAGCAUGUUCAGUGGCCGUCGGACCCAGCCAAGCGACAAGCUAUGUUCAACCUUAGUGAGAAAACGACUACAAAAAAGUUGCUCUUACAUAUGAUUCACGAUGUUCUUCUGAUGCCUUAUGGAUCUGGAAAUGUACCUCCAGCACCUCCAGGAUUAAGCCUCUACAUUUAUGACAAAAUAACUACGGAUCUUGGUACAUCAUUGACCCCUGACUAUUUGGAACAGCUGAAAUCAGGUGUGGUCAAGUUCCUCUCAAGUGACGUACUGUCCGAUGGUGAGACGCUGUGUCCACUGAUAGUCGGAGCCGCAGACGCUAGAUAUCCAGUUACCAACUCUGCUGAGCUCCAGCUACGCAAGAUCAUGGGGAGUAUAAACUGGGAGAGUGCUGCUGUAUUGGCUCCACUGUACUCCGUGUAUCUAGGCAGCAAGGACGGAGCUGCAGAGAACCAUCGGGAGCCAGCCAGCACUCGGUUGCGACUCAAACUGCUGCCUUAUCUGUGCAAGGCUCGAAAACAAGGCAUACUGUGGCCGGCCAGCAUCAGGGUGCUGUUUGACUCACUGUUUGGGGAAAACACUCACGCAAAACUCAAAGCCCAAGCUUUACAAUUCUGCUCUGUCAUCAUACAACAAGUGAGUGCAGCUCAGUUGAGUGUUGUGGCCAAGGUGAUAUUGACAUCAGGACUGAUGAAGCUGAUAUCAGAGCCUGACACAGAGCCCUCCCUCAAGCAGCAAGCCUACCUCAUCUCUGGCCAGCUGGUCAGCAAAGUGCCAUCACUGGUCAAGCAGGAUCUCAGUCUGUUGCAGUCACUGUUCUCAGUAUUGUGUCAGGAGGAAAACAAUGAUGUGCGUAUGGCUGUGAGAGAGGCUCUGCUCACAAUGGCGUCUGCAUUCUCUGUAGACACAGCUGAUCAACAGCUGUUACUGGCUCUGCUGACUACGCAGGUAGAGUCACCCUCCCCGGCCGCUCGUCUGGUAGCUGUCAGAUAUCUAGCCACUGUGUUCCCUCAGACACACGCACUCAGUAGAGUCUACCUGCUUAUAGCUACUGGGGACAGCCAGGAAGAGAUCUCAAGUGAAGCGCUCAAGUCUCUGUAUGGUGCCGGGUACAAGCUGAGUUCCGAAAGCAAAGGUGAUUCGGCUGCAGAAGUCAAGUUCCCCGACUUUGUGGAGAUGACGUCCGUAAUGCUGGAUAAAGCCAACACCAGAGAACAGAACAUAAACACCAGGCUUAUUGUCAAGAACCAGAAACUGGCUUUCAACUUGUCUGCUUACACUCAGAUUGUCACAUAUCUGUCACUAUGCUUGGCUGAGAAGUGUGGGAUCAAAACAAAUUGCCAGAGACUUCAACAUCCGUUGGACUCCACUGUCCUGCUCGGAGAAUACCUCAGAGAACUGCACGCCAAACAGAGACAGUUACUUCUUACCUACGUCGCGUUUGUGUUCAAACUAGUUAAAGCGGACACAGGGGUAGUACCAGUAUCUUGCCUGUUAGAGUUGGUAGGAGCAAUACCAGAGCUUUUGGCCACUAACUUCACCCAGGAACUUCCUUGGUUUAAGAAACUGCUGAGCGACUCCAGAGAAGACCUGAGGGACGUGGUGGCACAACUGUACGGCUGUGUGGCUGGUUUCACUGGUGCCAACGUCAGUGAGCUAUCAGCUGUUCUAUCAGCUGACAACAAGGACCUUGAGACAGUCCACGGUCAUCUUUUGGCCACUGGCUACACUGUGGAGAGGACUGUGGUGUGUCAGGGCAAUGUCAACAGUCAGCAGUACGAAACACCCGUCCGUACACUUGUGUCUUUCUUGGACCACAGCAAUGUGAUGGUGGUAGGAGCUGCCUGCACGGCCCUGGCAGAGAUAGCCAGAGUGUUGCCGCUGCCUCUAGAAGACACCAAGACUAACAGUCUACAGACGCCAGGGCUACAGGAUGUCGUGGACAAGCUGCUUGAUAACAUCACAUCAACCAAACUCACAUCCAAGGUUAAGGAAAGAUCAUGUAGAGCGACUGGAAUGCUUUGUUUAUCAGACAAAUUCUCUCUAAGGCAGAAGAUUAUAGACUUUUUCCUGGACAAUGCUAAAGAGAUCAAGGAUGUGGAAAUACAACUGAGUGUAGGAGAGGCAUUGGUGUGUUGUGUGCUGGGUCCUGCAUCUCCUCUCAGACAUGACCUGUGGACAGGAGUGAGGGCAGCAGCAGUGACUGGCUAUGACCCUGAGCCUAUGUGUGCAAUCAAGGAUGUGGAGAUACAACUGAGUGUAGGAGAGGCAUUGGUGUGUUGUGUGCUGGGUCCUGCAUCUCCUCUCAGACAUGACCUGUGGACAGGAGUGAGGGCAGCAGCAGUGACUGGCUAUGACCCUGAGCCUAUCAAGGAUGUGGAAAUACAACUGAGUGUAGGAGAGGCAUUGGUGUGUUGUGUGCUGGGUCCUGCAUCUCCUCUCAGACAUGACCUGUGGACAGGAGUGAGGGCAGCAGCAGUGACUGGCUAUGACCCUGAGCCUAUCAAGGAUGUGGAAAUACAACUGAGUGUACGAGAGGCAUUGGUGUGUUGUGUGCUGGGUCCUGCAUCUCCUCUCAGACAUGACCUGUGGACAGGAGUGAGGGCAGCAGCAGUGACUGGCUAUGACCCUGAGCCUAUCAAGGAUGUGGAGAUACAACUGAGUGUAGGAGAGGCACUGGUGUGUUGUGUGCUGGGUCCUGCAUCUCCUCUCAGACAUGACCUGUGGACAGGAGUGAGGGCAGCAGCAGUGACUGGCUAUGACCUUGAGCCUAUCAAGGAUGUGGAGAUACAACUGAGUGUAGGAGAGGAACUGGUGUGUUGUGUGCUGGGUCCUGCAUCUCCUCUCAGACAUGACCUGUGGACAGGAGUGAGAGCAGCAGCAGUGACUGGCUAUGACCCUGAGCCUAUCAAGGAUGUGGAGAUACAACUGAGUGUAGGAGAGGCAUUGGUGUGUUGUGUGCUGGGUCCUGCAUCUCCUCUCAGACAUGACCUGUGGACAGGAGUGAGGGCAGCAGCAGUGACUGGCUAUGACCCUGAGCCUAUCAAGGAUGUGGAGAUACAACUGAGUGUAGGAGAGGAGCUGGUGUGUUGUGUGCUGGGUCCUGCAUCUCCUCUCAGACAUGACCUGUGGACAGGAGUGAGGGCAGCAGCAGUGACUGGCUAUGACCUUGAGCCUAUCAAGGAUGUGGAGAUACAACUGAGUGUAGGAGAGGCAUUGGUGUGUUGUGUGCUGGGUCCUGCAUCUCCUCUCAGACAUGACCUGUGGACAGGAGUGAGGGCAGCAGCAGUGACUGGCUAUGACCCUGAGCCUAUCAAGGAUGUGGAAAUACAACUGAGUGUAGGAGAGGCAUUGGUGUGUUGUGUGCUGGGUCCUGCAUCUCCUCUCAGACAUGACCUGUGGACAGGAGUGAGGGCAGCAGCAGUGACUGGCUAUGACCCUGAGCCUGUGUGUGCUGCUGUGCUGCAAAAGCUACUGACGGACAUCCUACCCAUCCCACACCCUCACGCCAGGCAGUCCUGCUGUAUGUGGCUGUUGGCAAUGCUGAAACAUUGUGGUAACCUACAAGCAACAAAACAGCGUUUGAUGGCUUUGCAAUCUGGUUUUAUGGACCUUCUCUCUGAAAACAAUGACAUAGUGCAGGAUGUAGCAUCCAAGGGGCUGGCACUUGUAUACGAGAGUGGAGACGCCCAAUCACAAGCCUCGCUUGUCAACCUUCUCGUAGAUCAGCUGACUGUAGGGCGACGUACUGUGGCACAAGUCACCACAGACACUAAGCUUUUUGAGGAGGGGUCAUUGGGAAAAGCACCAACUGGAGGGAAUCUGUCAACAUAUAAGGAACUUUGCUCUCUGGCUUCAGACCUCAAUCAACCUGAUUUGAUCUACAAGUUUAUGCAUCUUGCCAAUCAUAAUGCAAUCUGGAAUUCAAAAAAGGGGGCUGCGUUUGGUUUCUCAUCCAUCGCCAAGGCAGCCGGAGAGCAGCUAACGGCCCAUCUCCCAAAGAUCAUCCCUCGACUGUACAGGUACCAGUUUGACCCGACACCCAAGAUCCAGCAGAGCAUGGCCUCCAUCUGGCAAGCGCUGGUGCCUGAGACCAACAAAACGGUUGAACUCUACCACAAAGAGAUAUUUGAAGAUUUAAUCAACAACCUAACGACUAACCAGUGGAGAGUGAGAAUGUCUUGCUGUUUAGCUCUGUCAGAUUUCCUUCGAGCUGGUGGAAGCAAAGUUUUUCAGGAUUGUGUGGACAUGAUGCCCAAGUUGUGGAGUCAGUUGUUCAGAGUGAUGGAUGACGUACAUGAAGGGACCAGACAAGCUGCCACCUCCACCAUGCGAGUCUUUUCAAAGCUGAGUGUCCAAUGGUGUGACCCGGACAAGGGCAAGACAGGGGAAGCUAUGGUGAAGACCAUCCUGCCUACUAUACUGGAAACAGGCAUCACUCACCAGGUGGCUGAAAUACGAGCUGUCAGUGUACAGACAGUCUCCCAGUUGGUGAAGAGCGGAGGUCCUCUGCUGCGGCCCCACCUGCCCCGCCUCAUCCCCGCACUGCUAGAGGCUGCGGGGGAGCUGGAGCCAUUGUCACUCAACUACCUGAGUGUAAGACUAGCCGGGGACCAGCGCAGUCAAGACAUUGUAGACACCAUGAGAGCAUCUGCUGCCAAGAGUCAUCACACCACUGAGACUGUGUCCAAGUGUAUCCAGUACAUUGAGCCUGAGACCUGCGCCGCCAUGUUGCCUCGUCUACAGGAGCUGCUGUGUGGCUCGAUAGGUCUCGGCACUCGUGUGGCUACAGCUCACUUCGUGGUCCUGCUCUCCCAUCAUCUCACCAUUGAGCAGUUUCAGCCUUACGUCGGUAAACUACUGUCCUCCUUGUUCUCUGGGUUGACGGAUCGUAAUUCAACCAUCAGACGAACCUACGCCAACGCCAUUGGACAGCUAGUGCGGUCAGCCAAGUCAUCCAGUGUUGACAGACUGCUGGAGAAACUCAAGACCAACUAUCUUGAGAAAGAAGAUGAAUCGAUGCGAACAGCUGUUGGACUAACUUUACAAGCCAUGGCCAAGCACAACCAAGACGCCAUCAAAGCUAGGGCCGAUCUGGUUAUACCCUUGGUAUUUUUUGCCAUGCACACAUCUAAAAACAAGGAAGACCCAGUGAGUGUGACCAGCUGGGACCUGUGGCAGGAUGUGUGGCAUGAGGUCAGUCCAGGUAUGGAGGCAGCUCUCACCAGACAUCUGGACCUGGUACUGGUGCUGCUGUCAUCUGUCAUGAAGUCACCGUCAUGGCAUGUAAAGGCUCAGGCUGCAAGGUCUAUAGAGACAGUGGCCAGCAAGGUGGGAGCUACACUGGAGACAGACAAGAGAGAUCAGCUGGUAGAGAUGUUGGUGUCUGGACUGGCAGGACGCACCUGGGACGGCAAGGAACAACUGCUGACAGCGCUCAGCUCUCUCUGCAAACACUCCAAGAACCUGAAGGAUUCUCCAAGCGCAGUAACCAUUGUUGAUGCUCUACUAAGGGAGUGUGGUAAAGAGAAGAUAUCCUACAAGUCCUGUGCUUUGACAGCGCUAGGAGAGGCUCUGGAAGCCUUGGAAGUGGACCGGUUCCCUCAAGUUUACACUAUUGUUCAAGACAUUCUCACUAAGGAGUUGGACAAUGAAGAAAAUGAAAAGCAAGAGGAAGCCAGUAAAAAAAGAGAAGAACUGCUUGUAUUGCGUGAAUCUGCUUUUAUAACAUUAGGAAAAGCUUGGCCAAAAAAUCAAAAAACACAAGCUGAGUUCCGAGAGCCAGUGGUGUCUCAGUGCGUCUCCUGCUUAGAGAACAACACUCGUUCAGUUCAAGUCAAGAUCAUGGCGGCCAUGUAUAGCUUCUGUGAGAAACUCGUCUUCUGGGACCUGGUGACCCCCUCUAGCCAAGACAAGCAGGCUCUGCACUCUAUUGUAGAGAAGAUUGCGCCUGCUUUGAAAUACGCUCUUGGUAUUUCAAAACAUACACAACUAAGAAAAGAAGCUCUCAAUGUUCUCUUCUUGCUUGCCAAAAACUGCAAAAAACUGAACGAGACAUCAGAGCUUAUGAUUUUAGAAGCAGUAUUCAAUGAACCACUGGAAGAAUUAAACAAAGACAGCAGCCCCGAGAUAAAAUCACGUGUGGUUGACAUGAAGGAUUUUUUUAGUGGUGUGAAGAAAGACUGAAUAGUUUUUGUUUUAUGUACAUAAAAUAUUGUACUUUUGAGACAUUUAUUUAAACUUUGUAUUUUUAGAUCUUUAUUGAUUUGUACAUUAACAAGUAAAUAAAGUAAUUUAUUCA